UUGGUUCUCCUCGAUGGUGGAAACGGAACGACCCUCGCUGACGAUCCAGGGAAUGAGCUUGAUACUGGCUUAUGGUCUGCGACGCUCUUGGUCAAACAUCCCGAGAAAAUCGCUCGCCUACAUCAAUCCUGGGAGAAAGCUGGAGCCGAUAUUAUAACAAGUUGCAGCUAUCAGGCCACGGUCCAAGGAUUCGAAAAUUACCUGCUUAAACAAACGCAUACAGAGCAAAAUGACGUGGAAAAGCCAUCCAAAGAAGCCGACGAAAAUGCUACACAUUUACCUCGACUCAAUUCUCCCCUUGACUUCUUGCGAAGCUCGAUCGGCGUGGCUCAUAAGUCUCUGUCAACGGCCAAAGUAGGACUAUCUCUCGGUCCAUUUGGGGCCACACUUACUCCGCCUCAGGAUUACGCGGGUAUAUACCCUAGCCCUUAUAAUCAAUUGGAGCCGCUGAAGAACUUCCAUCUUGAUCGACUUCUCGAUUAUGCUAACGAUGAAGCAACUUGGCGAAAGGUGGACAUGGUGAUUUUCGAAACUAUUCCGAAUCUUUUGGAGGCUCUUGCGGUUCGCUCAGCUUGGUCCACAUUACUACAAUCGCUAGAAGAUCGCUACGAGAAAACGGAAUGUAUCAAGUGGUGGGUGAAACCUUGGGUAUUGAGCUUCGUAUUCGCUGGAUCAUCAGGUCAAUUCGCUUCGGGCGCUUCACCAACAGAGGUUCUCAACGCAGCACUUGGCCUCAGUAAAGACCUUGACCAACUGUCACUCCCGAGACCGUCGGCCGUGGGUGUCAAUUGCACUAAACUGCAGUUUAUCGAUAAGAUAGUUUCAGCAUGGACCGACUUAACUGAAACCCAAUCUCUUCGGACGCUCGAAAGCCCUGCACCCUGGCUAUGGAUGUACCCUGACGGCGGAUUGGUGUAUGAUGUCGAACGACGUUGUUGGUCAGGCGGCCAGAUUGGAACUGAUCAAUGGGCUCGCCAAUUGAUGAACAUCGCUCAACAAGCUUCACUCCACUGGCCCGGAGUUGUUGUAGGGGGCUGCUGUAAGACUGGGCCAACUCAUAUUCGCGCCCUCAAA